AGAAUAUAUAUUUAUAUGCAGAUCUGGUGACAGCCUGGUUAGAGGUGUUCUUUAUCCAGGAGUCCUUGGUCCUCCAUCUAUUCUUCUAUUGCCGCCUUAGUGGGAUUCUGGCUGAAACAUACGGAAAGUGCGUAAAAGGAGUCGCUUAUGCUGGACGCAAAAAGCUCUGCCCAGCGGGCGCCGUCGCGUUGUGCUGCCUGCGUUCCUCCCCACUGAUGAUGAUAAGGCGCACGGGUGCACUCGUCCAGGACCUCGCUCCUACAUGUGAUAAUACCAACAUCCUCUCCUCCAGCGACACCUUAAUCUCAUCUCUGUGUUGAUUUUAUUUUUUUGCCGGAGUGUGUGCGCGCACAUGUGUGUGUGUCCGUGUGAGUGAGUGUGUGUGUGUGUGUGUGUGUGGAUUCUGUUCAUCUUUAACCUGCCAUCACUGUAGCCCCCCGCGUUGCGUUGGCGCUGCGGAUCUAGUCCACGAGAACAAGAGGCAGCUCACAGCCGCGGAGACAAGCGAAUCAAUUUAGGGGGGACGAGGAGAAAAGGAGAGACAGACAGCGAGGCUGGAGGAAGGAGAAGGAGAGAGAGAAAAAAAAGAGCGGACGAUCGGGGAGGAGAAGGAGGACGAGAGGAGAGGAGAGAAACCAUCGAGCAUCGCGCCGCAAACAUUGAGUGAGACGCACUAGCCUCCACAGAGACAACACAUUCAGGAGCAACCCCACCCCCCACCUCCAGAAUUCGAUUCAUCUGCAAAAGAUUGUCAUGGGAAUUGAAAAAACAAAUCAGGGUUCCCUGAAAUGACAUGUUGAAAGUUGUUUGUCAAAGAUUUGUCAAAGAAGCAUGAGCAAAGUAAAAUAAGAAUCUGUGAAUAAUAGAUAUUCUUUGAUAUAACAUCACACCUUGUUCUGUGACAGUGUAAAGGAGGAAAUAACAGAAUAAGAGGAUCAAAUAUGGACAUUAAGAUAAGCACUUAAAUUCCCUCAUUUAGAGGUGACUUAACAUUAUUGCAGUAGGGGUGGGUCAUGACUCAGUUGCCAUGCGUGUUGUCACGGUGACCAGCCCCUGUGCCCCUUCCCCCCUCCUCUGGUUGGUCCAGCUUCUGUUGUGGUUUCACAACCAUGGACCUCAACUUGCAGAGGCGGCGCCCCCCUGCCCCACCCCGUGCACCUGCUCCAAUCAGGCGAGCCGUGUCAUCUGUACAAGGAAGAGUUUAGAUCAAGUCCCAGAGAGUAUUUCAGAGAACACAAGAUACCUCAAUCUACAAGAAAACACCAUUCAGGUGAUCAAGUCUGACACUUUUAAGCACCUGCGGCAUUUGGAAAUCCUCCAGCUCUCCAAGAACCACAUCCGACAGAUUGAGGUGGGAGCUUUCAAUGGCCUCCCCAACCUCAACACGCUGGAGCUUUUUGACAACCGUCUCACAGUCGUACCGUCACAAGCCUUUGAGUACCUCAGCAAGCUAAGGGAAUUAUGGCUACGAAACAACCCCAUCGAGACGCUGCCGGCAUUCGCCUUUCAUCGUGUUCCCUCUUUGCGCCGUCUCGAUCUCGGGGAACUCAGGAAGCUGGAUUUCAUCUCUGAGGCUGCCUUUGAAGGUUUAGUAAAUUUACGCUUCUUGAAUCUUGGCAUGUGCGGCUUGAAGGACAUCCCUAACCUCACCCCACUAUUACGACUAGAGGAAUUGGAGCUGUCUGGGAACCAGCUGGGUAUAGUUCGGCCUGGAUCCUUCCAAGGCCUAGCAUCACUUCGCAAGCUGUGGCUAAUGCACUCCCGAGUGUCAGUGAUCGAACGCAAUGCUUUUGAUGACCUCAAAAAUCUGGAGGAGCUCAACCUCUCCCACAAUUCCCUGCAUUCCCUGCCCCAUGACCUCUUCACCCCUUUGCACCAGCUGGAAAGGGUACAUCUCAACCACAACCCUUGGGUAUGCAACUGUGAUGUUCUUUGGCUCAGCUGGUGGCUGAAAGAAACAGUUCCCAGCAACACCACAUGUUGUGCUCGCUGCCAUGCGCCUCCAGGUCUAAAGGGCAAAUACAUUGGGGAACUAGACCAGAGCCACUUCACCUGCUAUGCCCCAGUGAUCGUUGAGCCACCCACUGACCUCAAUGUCACAGAGGGCAUGGCUGCUGAGCUGAAAUGUCGUACUGGAACAUCAAUGACCUCUGUGAACUGGUUCACUCCGAAUGGCACUCUGAUGACCCAUGGAUCGUACCGCGUUAGGAUCUCAGUGCUUCAUGACGGAACACUGAACUUCACAAACGUGACCGUGCAAGACACCGGGCAGUACACUUGCAUGGUGACCAACUCCGCUGGAAACACCACUGCAACCGCUGUGCUCAAUGUGUCUGUGUCAGAUCCCAGCAACAGCUACAGUUAUUUCACCACUGUCACUGUGGAAACAGUAGAGACAGUAAGAGGAGAGGAGGAAAACUCGGCGAGACAGUAUAUUAAUGAGACUUUCAUAGAAUUCCCAAAUCCUACUGUUCAAAGAGGGGUGGUGCAUGGGAGACCUGGCAUCACUACAUCUCCCUCACCUUCCUCUCUUUCCUCACUGUCCCCACGAGCUAACAGAGGUACGGAAAACUCAGUGACUGUGUCGAUAAUGGAUGUAACUAACAUUCCAGGCCUGGAUGAUGUAAUGAAAACAACUAAAAUCAUCAUUGGUUGCUUCGUGGCGAUCACUUUUAUGGCAGCUGUAAUGUUAGUGGUCUUCUAUAAACUCCGGAAGCAGCACCAGCUACAUAAGCACCACGGCCCCGCUAGAGCCAUCGAAAUUGUCAACGUAGAAGAUGAGAUUGGAGCCGGGGCAGGAAGUGGAAUCUCAGGUGGUUCAACGAUGAAUUCUGGCAUGGGUGGAGAAGGAACCCUGAGGAGACAUCAUCCAGAAAUAGUCAACCUUCCCAACAUUGGCCGUACAGAUACUCUCAACCAUUACUACAAGACCCAUCAUUUCAACAACAACGUGAUGGGUCUUAGUAUUGGCGGUGAAGGGAUCGGACCAGGAGGGAUCAUGAGUAGCAAGAACCUGCAAGGCCAGGAUAUGCCCAUCUCCUGUACCUCAGUCCCAAUCUCCUCUAAUAUGCUCUCAUCAGGCAAUGGCACCAAUCCCAAUUCUAUGUCCCCACCUCUGCCGAUGUCUCUCCCCAUGCCUACUAUGGGCUUACAUGGAUCAAUCAAGGGUUUCAUGGGCCAAAACCAGAAUCCUCAAAUGGAGCCUCUUCUCUUCAAGGGCAACUCGAAGGAAAAUGUUCAAGAGACUCAGAUCUAAAAAAAACAAGAGCAAGGAGUAUAGAGAGAGAGUGAGCAAGAGUCGAAGACAGAGAGGGGAUUGAUGUCGGGUUUAUGCACGGAAUGAUUAGACACUAAGAGUGCAUUGACGUUACACCAGGAAAGAGGAUAGACUGACACGGCAAUACACAAACACAUAGACUUAUUCGUGACAGUGUACAAGCCAAGGAUUUCCACAAUGGGCCACUUUGUGUUUGUAGUAACGAUCAUGGCCAUGGAGAUCAAGGAAUGGACAUUCUACAAUGUAAAUCUGUGCCAAAGCAAAUGUUUUUUGCAGUUUCUACAAGCUGUGUUCUCGUAGGGGAAAAACUAGCCUUUCUGAGUAAUCAGUCCCGUAUUCGUUGUUGGCCAGCAGAGAUGAAAGACAUGCACAGCACUUACCACACUGAAGACCGGAGAUAUUACAGACAAAAAAAAUUUUGAAGAGACAUUUUUCUUCCACACAAAACGCAAGCCACACUCUCUCUCAAGUGACUCAAUAGACUCCCUCAAGGUGAAAAUUAUGUAGGCAUAAAUAGAUGGACAAAAAGGUACAGUGCAGUACAAACUACUGUGAAAAAUCCACAAAUUAUAUAAAUAUAUUUUCAUUUAAAUAUGUAUCAUUGCAGACUCCGAUGCAGAGAUAUUUUGGGGUGGAUGUAUAAGCUGGUAUAGUUUGUUUCUUUGUGAAUAAUCAGGGGUGG